AACGGAGGGAUACAGCACCCUUGGACAGAUGUCGAGCAAUAAACAUUAGCCAUUGAGUAGCCCACUGUGACUGCUGUCUACUGCGUGCCAAUUAUCGUCCGUUUAAUGCCCAGUCGCCAUCUGCUGGUUAUCGCCUACCGUGAAGAUCUUUCGCACGAUAGAUAGUUGCUAUUGCUAAACGACUAUACAGCCAGCGACAAACAGUCCAUUUUUGCUUGGUAAAUGUUGCGCUGAGAAAACGUUGCCACCGCUAGUUGUCAAAGACCUUUUUAGAACCAGAAACGAAGGAAAACUAGCGGCAAGCUGGAAUAACUGGUGCUCGUGCUCGCAACAGGCUCCCUUCGGUCUCAUCUAUUGAUCGCUGUUGUUCUUAACGUUAACGGUAACUAGUUCUAUCGUGAAUAAUCGAGCUUUGCUGAUGAAUCGCAUUGGAAACGAUAUCAAUUUAGCGUCUAAUCUGUACAAUGCAUCAGCGCGUUGACAGGCCACGACCGCUGAAGAAAAUGAGGAGAUUUAUUGAGGUGUCGACGUUUUUGCUAGUGGUGACAAUAGAAUUAGGCUCAUGCAUAGAGGAUACUGCGAAAGCUGGAAGCGGGCCAACGCUACAAUCUGGGGGUCGUCGCCGUAAGGAUCCAACAGCUGAUUUGCCUGACUUUUCACGCGAUGAGCUUUUAGCAAUCCUUGACCUCAUUGAAAAGUCUGGAGAUCCUUCUGGAAAAUCGCCUGUUAACUCGCCAACCAAACGUCCGGAUUCUGUGCAUUUCCCACCACAUCACCCCAUAGAGACGCCAACAAUCGAACCUCGCAUGCCUUCAGAUCUUGUUACUCCUGACCCAUCGAAGCCCUUUGCACCUGAGCUUCCUUUUAGACCGCAUCCUGCGCCGACUGCAGACCCCGCCUUUUAUCCAACACCAGCUGUACCAACUCCAACCGUGCCACAGUAUCCGCUGCAACCAACUCCACCAAAUUAUCCUGCACCGCCGCCACCGACAACGCCCAAACCUAAGAAGAGUUUUCUGGAUAAGUUAAUUCGCGGCUUCAUGAAAAUUAUCAGUCCCCAGGCAGGAGUAAAUAGCCGAUCAGCCGUUUCAAGUAGUCAGGGACCUCCGAACUUCUUUGCCAGUUUCCUUCAACAGCUGCAGCAGACUUAUCAGAAUUCACAGCAACUGGGGGCCCAACAGGGAACGUUUGCGGCUUCGACCCAGGCAGCAAUCCUCGAUAACUUAGUAAAACGCCUUCAAGACCAAGAUAACGAGGGAAGCCAGUUCGUAGUCAAUCUCGUGCAGACGCUGAAAUCUAAUAAAAAUCCGGUAAAUUCUGAUACAGCUAGUGGUCCCGUCAACGCGCGUACCGGCGGCCAAGCCGAACAAUUACUUGGUGCGCUUCUCAGAGGAAUUGGCAGCCAGCAAAGUCAAGAUACCCAGAACGGUCAGGGAGGCGGGAAAAAUUUUCUUCAAACAUUCCAAAGGGAGCUGUUUCGUUCGUACAAUCCUUCGGCUGGACCGACAGCGCAAAAGUCUGCGACUGAUGUCCUACUUGACAGCUUUAAACAAUUUCUUCAAAAUGCAUAACGUGUUGGAUCUACCUAACCUUUUGGUUCACAAACUGGGCAAUCCGACGAAUGGCAGUACUUGAUGUUUGGAUUACCUCCUAAAGGGUUUAAAGCUUGCCUAAGUUGCUAUGUUUAGACUACUUUAGUGCAAUGCUAUUUAUGCAGAUUUAGUUUUGAAUGGCUUAAAGAGUGAAGUGUACAUUUGUGCACGAGAAAUAAACCUUUGAGUUCUGAGACAAUGUUUACUCUGGAGGAAAGCGCAGUAUAAAUACCGUGUCUGAUAAGUUGAUCAUAGCUCUAACGUAUCCGCGUGACCGGUUCAGUUUUGCGAAAAACUUUUUUUUUUAAAAAACUAAAACCUUUUUGACGUGUCCCUCGCACUUUGCACGUGUUUUUAGGGGUACAGGUAAUAAUUAAAAAAAUAACGGGUCGUUGAAGAAGUAUUGAUCGUUUUUAAGCUAACAUAGUAAGUAUUAUUUUCAACCAUAGAAAUAGAAGCUUUUGUGGUUUAAAAUAAUACUACUAAAUUCUAUACAACCUAUGAUAUCCUAACAUUCGUGACAACCUAAUUUUUUUUUAUUAAGGAUUAAUUUUUAUGAGCUAGCCGAAAAAUUGCGACAUAUAUAUUUACAUUCCUCUGUUGAAAUUAUGUUAACACCAUCAAAGAAGUUCAGCAGAGGCUGGACCACAUAAUAUUCUCGUACUGCAAGACCCAGGCUAUACAGCAGAUAUAUUCAAAUUUCCCAUGCAAGUUCUAUCAUUUUUUUUGCCGCGGAGCGCCUUGUUUGGCGUCAGUCUGAGCUUUGCCACGAGGCACGCUUUUUUUUUUCUUGCACACGAUUCUUGUGAUCCACUUUUCAUAACCCGUGAUUAACUGCGUCAGAAAUGGCCUGGCUUUCGCAAUUCGAUCUAUGAUUAGGUAAGUUCUUUUGCGUUAACAUUCAGACAUCGAAUUUUCUCUUGUAGCCAACUUUAAAUGAUAUGAUCAGAAACGAUUUCGUAUUGGAAAUUUUGUCUUUUAGCUGCUCUCAGCUGUCGCAAGUUUCUGUAACUAGUCGAUUAUUAUGAGAAACAUUUUUCAUAUGGAAAUUUUCAGAACAAGAGCACUGAUAUUAUCUCUGAGUUCAAUAACGCUUCGUAAUCAUGAACAGCACAAAUGCUUCAUUUAGUAUUCUAAAUACGCUCCGUGUGUAUAUUCAUUUUCGAAAUGGUAUGGUUUGCAAUUUACUGAUUUCGUAUUUUCUGAAGUUAAAAUUAAAUAUAUUUUGACAAAGGCUGUAGUAUUAUAAGUUACUUUAUUGGUAGUUUGUGUUUCAAUUAGUUUCUUAUUGAGUCACCCUUUCAGGGAUCUAGGCGUGAUCUUUUUAGAUCUAUCCGGCAUGCUUAGCUGGGUUUUAAUUUAUCGCUGUCUCUGAUAGUAAUCGGUGUACUGGGUGAUCACGAUCGUAGAUUACUGAAGUUUGUUUCAAUUUCCAAGGAAAUUUAUAAACAAAUUAACUAUUGUUUUCUGUGAGACUAGACGACACUGCGGUGAAACCGGUGGGUAAAUUGUUGCAUUACUUUAGGUACAAGGUAUGACCGUUUGGAGACUUUAAACCAGUACAAGUUUGACGUUAGUAUAUAAGGUCGCGUGACUAGUAUAUAAAGUCCGCCAAUUUUACGUAUUACAGAAACGUAAUUCUGGUCUGAAUGUUUGCUUAUUUAUUUGUGCAGGCGGAGUCUUAUCGCGGGCUGUGUAGUGGGUUUGAUUUUUGAUAUUAGGCUGUCUAUAUCCUUAGUUUAGACCCGGGCAUAGAUAGAUAGACAGACAGACAGACAGACUCCGCUUUGAAAUGGCUGGAAACCAAAUGGCUGAUGUAAUGCGCAACGUCGAUACCGGACGUAAAGCUCGAAAUAUAGAACCUGUCUGGGAUUAUAUAGAACAGAAAUACAGACCUGAAAAUUGCGCAUCGAGGUUUUUUAUUAACCGAUAUCUACGACGGAAUAUUUUAAUGGUUCAUGACAGACGCAAUCGGCGAGCAAUACGAUUUUCCCUAAGACUUACUACAUUAAUGAUGUAUGUCUAUACGAAUCUGUCUGCGUAUGAGGUGCGUGGCCUUCUUUACCGUCAUUGUUGAAAUUUUAGUGCCAUCUGUAUCUAGAUAGAGAAACGACAGAUGGACCCAUGCUCAGAGCUGGAGUGUAAGGAGAAUUUGAUGACGCAUUAGAUGAACGUCGGUUUCUGGGGCAAGCUAGAAAUAUCAGCACGGGCCAAUAAAUGCUUCUAUCGGACAACUAGCAAUUGAUUGAUCGUGGUGUUCAAAACCAAGCAAGAUAAUAUGCAUAUGACAUAACCUGUAUUUCAACGGAGAAUAGGAUGAGAACACCGAAAGGCAAGGACCGAAUAGUAGGACAGAUGUAUUACCGAAUUCAGUUGAUACAGUCAUUAAACCUGUUCCUAUAUGUUUUCAAAGCAGUUCCGAUCUUUAUAUAAUUCAAGAAUUCAUUUGGGAAAUUAUUAGACCUAGGGGCCUAUCAUGUUGAGCAAUCAAAAUUACACUAUUGGUGGAAUAACACUUCUGCCAACCACCGUUAGGACGCCUACAUUGCGUUUGCUUUAUUAAGCAGAAAGUUACCAUAUUUCUUUAUUUUAAUUGGCAUAAUUUUGAAUUUAUGUUCGGUUUGCUUAAUGUUAAAAAAACAGUGGUCAACACUUAAAGAGAAGAGUUAGAUAAAAAAAAAUCAAUCUUUCUUCCUGUUGUUAGAUAUUAGUGAACGUUCCCAAUGAAAAUUUAGACAAAAAGGAUCCGCUAAAAACAACGUUGAACUAAUAUCUCUCUUUCGUCACCUAGUGCACUGUUACUUGUCCUUCCGGCUUUUGUGCAUUGCAGACACUUUGUUUCGGAAAAAUAAAAUAUUAUUAGAGUGUAAAUUAGCAAGACAAACGAACGCUUUAUGUUCCCAUUUCCCCUUACAGGCUUCGUCAGUGUACAGCAUUACAUUUACGGUGAUAGAUUAUUGAAAAC